AUGGAAUGGCGUUUUGCUCUCGCUGGUAUCCUUAUUCAUGCUGUCCUGAUAUACUCGAUUUUCGAUAUCUACUACACGUCUCCCGUUAUUUCGAACGUCCCAGCACAUGAAAUCACAAAUCAAAAUCCUCCUGCAAAACGCCUAGUUGUUAUAUCGGCUGAUGGCUUACGACUUGACACAUUCUUCCAACACAGCGAAAGAUCACCCUUUUUGCAUUCGCUGAUCAGAGAGCGAAAGGGAGUGCACGGAACUUCCCGCAGUCAUGUACCGACUGAGUCUCGUCCAGGACAUGUAGCAAUCUUUGCUGGAUUCACUGAAGACGUCAGUGCAGUGGCACGAGGAUGGAAAUACAAUCCCGUCCAGUUUGACAGUAUUUUCAAUAGAUCUGGUGCAGCAUGGCUGUGGGGCAGUCCAGACAUUGUUUCUCUUUUUGACAAUAACCCUACUGCUCAUUUAUUUAUGUAUUCUGAAAAUGACGAGGAUUUUGGAUCAAAAGAGGCAUGCAAGCUUGACGAAUGGGUUUUCGAACAGGUUGAGGUUUUUUUUAAGAAAGCGAAAAAUAAUCCUACGCUGAUGUCAAGUUUAUUCUCGAACAGAAGUGUUUUCUUCUUGCAUCUAUUAGGAUUGGAUACGAAUGGGCACGGUAAUAAACCACAUUCUCAGGAGUAUCUUCAUAAUAUUGAAGUGGUUGACCGCGGCAUACAGCGAAUGCAACGGGUAUUUGAUAGCUUUUUCGACGAUCAGUCCACCGCGUGGGUUUUCACUUCUGAUCACGGAAUGACGGAUUGGGGAUCGCACGGUGCUGGAAGUGAUGAAGAGGUUCUAACUCCAUUUGUCGCAUGGGGAGCCGGAAUACGAAAAGGAGGCAGUUCUGUCACAAUCGACCAAAUUGACCUCACUCCGUUUUUCGCUUCUCUUAUUGGUUCUCCUAUACCUGUAAAUUCACUAGGUAUUCUACCAUUUCAACUUUUUGAUGUUUCGCCUUACUAUCUCUUCAAAAGCAGUUUUUCUAACUUUUUACAGCUCAAAGAACAGUUCAUGGUGCUUAGAGCUCAAAAGGCUAAACGUCUAUGGUUUAAAGAUUUUGAUCAGUUUGGAUUGCAUGCUUUAGAGUCUCUUGAGGAGGAGUUAGUCAAGCUGGGAAGACUACGACGUUUUUCUGUUGCGUCCUCAUUAUUUGUACAAAAUGCGCCGUAUAUUAAAAUGGCGAUAUUUUACUACCAUCGAUACGAUCGUUCAUUUCUUGGUGUGGGCGUGAGCCUCUGUUUCAUUUCAUGGAUUUGGCUGGUGUGGUGUUAUCUUACGAGCCAAUUGGACAGACUAUCAAAAGUAUUCAUCGGAAUAAUAGCUUGCAUGCUGGUAUUCUGCCUAUAUUGCCAACUACCUUUAACAAAUUGGAUAUAUUUGCUGCUGCCAAUAUUUUUGUCUUCAUUAAUUUCAAAUAUUCUGGAUCUUAAAACAAACAUCAGUCAGUUUACUCACCAAUGCCUGGUAAAUCAUGCAUCAGCGCCCUUGGCAUUCCUACUGAAUACCUUACUAGGGUUGAUUGGUGUGUCUCUUUUCCUAAACGUUAUUAUUUUUGUGGAUCGUAGAUUUCUUGCUGUGCUAUUUAUCACCCUCACCGUGGUUCCAAACAUAAGUAUUUUUCCACUUUCGUUUAGGUCGAAAAGUUGGUGUAUAUUGUGUUUGAUUCUUCUACCAUUCCCUUUUUUCCCGAAUGUGGGAAAAUUCGAAUUGCCGUGGCUUUGUGUUUCUGCACCAAUCAUUUUUGGAACACUGGUAUGGAAUUUAUCCCAGCAUCCACUCCUAAAGCAGAAGCGGGAUGGUUUUCGAAAAUUGUCUGGUUUAUUGUUUAUCACAACUGGCAUGGUAUUCUUAUCGACCUAUGUAUUUCAAAAGGUAUGCUCAUUCCUGAUAGUCCAUAUAUUUGCUGUGGUAUGUAAAAUGCUUACAGCCUCACUUUUUGUUCCGUACUCUCUACUGUCGAUCGCAUAUGAGUCAUUUUUUAUAUUAUGUCUUAUACCAUUACUACUAAUGUUUCUUCGAUUUGAAUUUCACGAAAUAUCAGACACGGAGUUUCUUGUUAUUGCAACUGAACUGAGGAUAGCAGCACUAUGUAUGUGUUUUGUGCUGGCAUCAUUGUUUGGGACCGGAAAUUUUGCCUCGAUGAACUCGUUCAAUCCGUCAUCGUUAAACAAAUUUAUCUCUGUCUUCAGUCCCUUUACAAUGGCAACGUUGUUAUUGUUCAAGCUGUUUAUACCCUUAUUAAUGGUGUCGUUAUUGCUUUCUGCGGUUUUACGGUUCAAUCGAAAGGCUAUUCAACGACUUUCGUGUAUAGUACUUAUACUGACUGACCUUAUGGCUAUGUGUUUCUUUCACCAACUCAAAGACGAAGGUAGUUGGCUCGACAUUGGAUUAAGUAUAUCCCACUAUUUAAUAUCAAUGUGUAUGUCCGUUGUUUUAUUGCUUUUAUUGAUGUGUUCUAGCAGUUUGAUGACCACUUCCUUAUCAAAGAGUGAUUUCCAGCACUUUAUUGGUGUUAUGAAAACCACGAGCAGUCACAGUUUCCUGUGA